CAAGAUGGGUUUUGGAGAGCGAAGCACCGGAGACAAUACUGCGAGGGCAUUGUUGCCAACACUCCAGGUGGCUCCACGCCGCCCUGACAUUGAGGCUUGACCGAUGGCAGUGUUGAAGCUGCUUAAAUCCUCUAGUCUCCUGCUUCAAACCUCCAGUCGUGUUCGUUUCGCGCAUCUCCUUUCAGACAGCUCAUACGUCUCUCAUCCCUUUCCAGCUCAUUUCUCUCCAUCUAGAAACCAUCAGUCACCAUGGCUCCCGUUCUCGCCUGGACCGUCUGCGCCUACCGCAAGCCCGGUAUGUCCGAGGAGGACUACCACCACUACAUGAGUGAAAUCCACGGGCCGCUCGUCAAGGGCCUCAUGGCCAAGUAUGGCAUGCUCAGCUUCUCCAUGUCCCACAACACGAACAACACUCGCGCCGAGAUGGAAAAGCUGUUCGACCCGCAGUUCGCCAAUGUGGCCGACUACGACUGCAUCGUCCAGGCUACUUUUCCGGAUACCGAGUGCUUUGUCAAGAUGAAGGCGGAUCCGGAGUAUAUCGCGAAGUGCAUCCCGGACCAUGAGAACUUUGCUGAUACUAAACGGUCCAAGAUGACCAUCGGCUGGAUUGAGCAUCAUGUCCAGAACGGCCAAGUCGUCUGCUAGAGAUGGACGGAAGGUUGUUGAUGGCUUUGGUAUUUGCGCUGCUUUUGAG